AGAGGUGCAUUUAUAUUGCUGAUUCAAACAGUCAUUCAAACAGCCUCUUACUGCACACCCCACUCGUUACUGGACCCCGACCCUCGUCACUUGACUUCUUCACUGCUCGACUCCGCCAGCAAACUUGCCUAUCCAUCACGUCACCAGUGCCACAAAGGCUCCUGGGCUGAGUUGUGAGACGACGAGUUAUUGCUGAUUGAGUAUACAUUUCUUGACUGACUUCCUUUUAUUGGGCAAAAAAUGAAGGAAUCUCCAAAAGAGCAAGAUGUGCAGCAUAGACUUCUCCAAGAAUUUAGAUCAGAUACCUUCUCACAGGCUUACUACCGAGUGUACUGUAUUCUAAGCAGAGGAAUGAAAGAAGGGGAUAUAAGUUUUCCACUCCAAGAACUAGAUACCAAAUUAUGGAGCGCUCUGAACCUGUUAGGGCUCCCAUCACCAGUACGCAUCAUGGACUUUGGAGGAGGAACAGGAGAAACAAUGGAACCCAUCUACAGAAAAUUAGACGCCCUUAAUAAGCAAAUGAUCAUCAGCGUGGAAGAACCACACAAGGGUUCUCUGACAGAGUACAUGAAGUUGAUUGAGAAUAUUGGCAAGGCGUCCAUUGAUAUCACAUAUUCUGGGUUAUUUCAAGAUUACUAUGGACAUUCUGUACAAGAUUUGAGGGUAAUGAAAGCCUAUCCACAACAGUUGCAGGACAGGGUGCUGGCAGUGCACGUCCUAUAUCAUCUGACAAGUAUCUUCGAUGAUCCCUUUGAUCCAUACGAGAAUAUGAAGCAAGCCAUCUCUGCAAUAUAUGCCAUUCUUAAACCAGGAGGGCAGAUGGUUAUAGCGUUACAUAACCAUGCAGUGAGCCUCGUUGGAGCCGCGUCUCUAAAAUGCACCGAGGUUUUCUUUCCACCUAAGUUGGCAAAUCACAAGUUGUUAUUUGAAGUCUGGCAAGAUCUUCUUUUAAAUGGGGGUAUUGCGGACGUGAUAAACGCGUCGUUUACUACGUUUAAGGCUACAGUUCAGCAAGAUGAAGUUGUCAUCCACGUUGUUUUACCGACCCUGGCAGAGGUUGGAACAGCCGUCUCUAUAGGUUGUUUUAACGGGCGGUGUGCAGACCAGUCCCCAUUUGAUGAACGUGUUGUCCAGUUCUGCAUGGAUUACGUAAAGACUGACGGAUAUAAGCAUGGCCUGUACCUUGACAGUGAGGGGAUGUGGUGUUAUCCUUUGAAAACCAAUUAUAUAACUAUCAAGAAAUCUGCAAAUGAGUAAUAUUUCGAACACUUUUAAAUAUUAUGGAACAUGGUUAGACCACAGAUUGAUUUUAGGUACAUUUAAACACAUUUGCAGGGACUUUUUUUACAAUACAGACAAGCUGUUAUAGAAGUUACAGAAAAUGACAUAUGUUUAUUCCUAUCUCACCUGAACUAUCUUUCGAAAAACAGAAAACUACUCUGUUUGUGUUGACUCAGACUUUAUUCAUUACUUGAUUUUUAAUCAAGUACGACAUACGUACAUUUCUAUUUAUUUCUUAUAUAAUAUGCCUGGCAAGGUAUAAAACGUGGAAUGAAAUUUUCUUUUACAUUCUUAUUUUACUUGGUAUAAUGACAUUUUAGAAAAGAUGAAAUAAUGUACAGAGCCAGAGAUUUUAUCGAUGCGAAAAUUAACAUUUUAGAAUAUUUAUCGGAAUAGGAACUGUUCUUGCUCAAACUUUAGGUUAUCUAACGUGAAAGGAUAAAAUAACGAGGUAGAGAGUUCUAUGGUCUAACGUCCAAGAACAUUAAAAUGCCAUCUUACUUUCCUCAUAAGCAGUACAGGUACUAUGCAACAUGUUUUAGCAACUGUUUUUAAUAGAUGAACAAAAAUGUUUCAUAUGUGUAAUUAGUUUUCAAAACAAUGCUGAAUAACAGACAGGAUUUUGACACAAUAUUUACAAUAUCUCCUUAAGUUAUUGUUAGUGUGCCUGUUACGAGUCUUUUAUGCACUGUGCUUCCUAUGUAUCCGUUAAUAAUGCCAUGUAUAUAACUAUUUCAAAACAUUCCGAAGGCUGGUCCAAACAAGAAAGAAGCAUAUAUUUCAAAACUUUCAGUUUACGUGAAAUAAAGAGCGGGCGCAUUCGACGCUUUCCGGAAGUGCAGACGAACAGUUAAAAGUAGUAAUGAGAUUAGAAAAAAUAA